AUAAGUUUAAUCACAACGUUAAGAGUGAAGUGAUAAACAAGAAAGAACUCCUAACCGCUACAAGCAGCCGUGUGGAGGAAGGCUCCAUUAGUAGCGCAACGCAAAAAGGAAAAAAGUCGCCACACCGGGAAGGAUUUCUAAGCACGUUGGUCCCCUACAUGAGAUGUCAGCCGUUAGAAGCUUCGACACAUUAAGGAUAUUUCUGAAAAGAUGGGACAGCGUAGGUACAGUCAUCAAAUGGAUAGCAGGAACUCCAGAUGCAGACGACCUGAGAAUCAUCAAUGGAACCAUGAACAAACUAAUUACCAACAACAACCAGCAAUUCCUAUUUAAUGAAGCACUUAACUCCAGAGUCAUUCAUCUUACCAACAUUACAAAUGAGUUACUACAGCUGGACUACAAAUCAAAACAACAACAUACCAUCGAAAUUAAUCUUCUAACUAUUAUACUCAACAUUGAUGCCAUUCAACACCAAUUAGAAGUCCUUGAAGAUGCCAUACUAUUAGCGAAAAACGGUAUUCCAAGCAGCCAAAUAUUCUCGAUUAAAGAUUUCAGGAGAAUCCGAACUUUCCUCAAACAACAACAAAUAUUUGUCUCAUCGUUUGAAGACUUAUUAACGAGAGCAGUAGCAAAAAUCGCUGUAAAUGACACCCAAUUUAUCUACAUACUACAAAUUCCACAACUUUCAACGGAUAUUUUCGACUAUGAAUUUGUAGAUCCUUUGAUUAUCAAUGAAAGAAGAAUCCACAUCCAAUCUAAUUACGUCAUCAAAAAUAAAACUCAUGUUUUCGAAACUCUGACCCAAUGCAAAGAGGAAAAUGAGUUUUACCUAUGCGAAUCUGAAGCAUUGAAACCUACUAGUCAAUGCAUAAGUAAUAUUAUCAACCUUCAACAUGCAAAUUGCACUUAUGAAAAGGUUUACGACAACGGAAUUAUAAAAAGAAUCAACGAAGCAACAUUACUUUUGAAUAAUGUGAAUAUGAACCCCAACCACAAGGGUAGCAAUUAA